GAAACUUGGUAUCCUAAAGGGAAAUGAGGCAAGUUAUCCUUUGGAAAUGUGCUCACACUUUGAUGCUGAUGAAAUUAAAAGGCUAGGAAAGAGAUUUAAGAAGCUCGAUUUGGACAAUUCUGGUUCUUUGAGUGUGGAAGAGUUCAUGUCUCUGCCUGAGUUACAACAGAAUCCUUUAGUACAGCGAGUAAUAGAUAUAUUUGACACAGAUGGGAAUGGAGAAGUAGACUUUAAAGAAUUCAUUGAGGGAGUCUCUCAGUUCAGUGUCAAAGGAGAUAAGGAACAGAAGUUGAGGUUUGCUUUCCGUAUCUAUGACAUGGAUAAAGAUGGCUAUAUUUCCAAUGGGGAACUCUUCCAGGUGCUGAAGAUGAUGGUGGGGAACAAUCUGAAAGAUACACAGUUACAGCAAAUUGUAGACAAAACCAUAAUAAAUGCAGAUAAGGAUGGAGAUGGAAGAAUAUCCUUCGAAGAAUUCUGUGCUGUUGUAGGUGGCCUAGAUAUCCACAAAAAGAUGGUGGUAGAUGUGUGACUCUUUUUCUAAAGAGUACCACCCAACACUUUUGCUUUCUUCUCCAUCUCUGAAGAUCUGCUCAAGACGUCCAGCAAUGCUCUCUGUGUAUUUAAAUGGAAGUAUUUUUCUCUGUGAAGCCACUUUUUCCAACACGAGCCUCAUGAAGCCAACUAAGUGUUAUUGAACUUAUUCUCUCAAUAACUCCGUGUAGCACUUUAAAGUCUGAAGGACAGCAACAUGAAAAGAGCAUAUCAAUGUGGUGAAGAAAGGGAAGGGGUUGGCUUUUUAAUUUAUUUUUCUUCAUCUUUUAUAACAAGAAAGUAUCUAUAUAUACAUAUGUAAAUAUUUAUAUAUAGAUAUAUGUAGCUUUCUAUAUGUGUAGUAGGUUGGCUUUAAUUUAAUAUACUUGAUUCAGAAACAAAACGAUAGAGUACAAAAGUGCCAAGCAGAACAUAAAACACCCUUACUUUUAUUUCACACAGUUUUAUAUAUAGAUAGGAAAUUGUACAAUUCGAGCCGGGUGUUAGGCCAGCUAUUUUCCUUUUCCUGUGCUUUCUCCUUUGAGAGAUUGACAAAGCAUUUGUUAACGUCCUAUUACUUCCCUUAACUACAUUUUUGUAACAGGAGUCUGUAAUUUUAUUUAUACCUAUGGGUAGAUUUUCAGGGACUAGGCCUCGUUGCUGAGCAGCUCUUACUCCGUUUCUGCGUGAGGAGAAAGUACAGCGCAGUGCCGCUGCCAAGAGCCCUUCUUAGGUUCCUGUGGGAGCCACACCAAGCUCAUGGCGGCCUCAUGGCUACACUUCUGAACUGGGAGCCAUUUUCAUUUAUUAAAUGUCCCUGAGUUAAAUGUAAGUUACCAGUUGUUGGAAAGGCCGGAAGCUGUCUGAGGCAGUCAUGAUUUAUCUUAGACAUUACUUACUGAAUACCUGAAGUAAUGAUGGAACUACUUAGGAUAGCCAUUCAUUUGUCUCAUUACAUGGGUAAAAAGUUUGUCAUUAAACUUGUUUGAACCAAAAAUUUCCGUUUCAGAAGACUUGCAGCUAACCUAAAAACUGAUGAUAUUUAAUGUGUAUGUACAUAUCUAGACACCCACAUACAUUUGUGAUUUAAAUGGAAGAAGUUUUACUAAUCUUACUAAUCAGUAGAACACAGAAGAGCAAAAUUUUAUCCAAAUUUAUCUCUCUCAUAUUUCUUUACCACAGGGUAUAGAGUGUGCAUGAUGGUUUUCUUUCUUGAUUUGCCCAUAUUUGUAAUGGAUGAUAACUGAAUAAACGUGUGAUAUAAAAGUA